CUAAAUGGGGAUGUGCUGAAUGUCAAAGUGCCUUAUGAGCAAAUUAAACCUCAUACUGCUAGUGACUUGCACAAGCCAAAAUCCUCCCCAGCUGUUCCGCUAGAACCAGGCUUUAAAGAAAUCAAGGCAGAAGAAGUGGAAGAAGAGCCAUGCCAAUCCACUAGCCAAACUGACACUGUCACUGUCACAAGUGAGCAAGUUCCCAAGGCCAGCAAAAACGAAACUAAUGAUGUUGUCUGCUGUGGUGAAAAAAAGCGGAAAAAGAGACCAAUUGGACCAUUGCCAGUCACACCAGCUCUCAAAUACAAAGACUUUCCCAAACUUUUACCUGUGAUUGAAAGUAGAGAAUGGUUGACAGAUGAACACAUUGACAAUGCACAGGCUAUUCUCGCAGAGAAUUUCCCCCACAUUGGAGGCUUGCAGGCAACAUGGGUGUUCAUUUCAGAAGAGUGCCAAUCGGUGGGUACUCCAAAAGAAGACUUUGUACAAAUUGUAAAUGUUUGUGGGAAUCAUUGGAUCACCCUCAGUAACAUUGGCUGCCCUAAAGAUACUGUAACAUUGUACGACUCACUGUACAACAACCUAGAUUCUGCAAGCAAAGCAAAACUUCACAAGCAAAUUGCAUACAUGCUAAUGCCAACAUCUAAGCAUCUUACAAUCCAGUGGGCUGAUAUGCAGAAACAAACUGGUACUUGCGAUUGUGGGCUAUUUGCAAUCGCAGCGGCAACAAGUCUGUGUUAUGGCAUUUUACCCCAAGACUGUUACUGGGAGCAAGAGAGUAUGAGGGAUCAUUUGUGUAUGUGCUUCCAGCAAGGAGAUCUGGCACUUUUCCCACAAUUGGCAGUUGUUCGAAAACACAAGAGGCAUCACAGAGUGGAAACUACUGAUCAUGAAGUGUUCUGCCACUGUCGACAACCAUACAACCCUGGUGUUUUCAUGGUUGCAUGCGAUCGUUGCCAGGAUUGGUUCCAUCGAGGAUGUGAAAGGGUUCCGAAAAGGAUAAACAAGAACACUUUAUUCGUUUGUAAAAAUUAUAAAUAG